AUGAAGUCAUUAGUGUUUUUUGUAGUGGCAGCAGCCACAGUGCUUGCCGUCCCCGUUCCAGUCGUCUUUGACAAAGAGUUAUUAUUAGGCAAGGACACCAGAUUUGCCGCAGUUCACCACGUAGCUACUAAAGGUGUAGAAGUUGGAGUUACUGCUCCAGCAGCUAGCUUCCUCUUCUUGGUCCCUAAACUCGGUGUUGAAUUCGGAGAUUUCAAAUCAAAGCACGGCUUGAGACAUCUUGAAUUCUUAGUCUUGGGUGCCGAUGAGCAUUUGACUCACUUACUCGGUGUUUCUGACUGCAAGGGCUGGUUCGUUGUUGUAAUGGGUGUCUGGACCAAGGCCGCUGGUUUGACCCACAAGGUCUUCGGUGGACUUAAGGAUACAGCAGGUGGUUUCAAACUUCACCACUUGGCUGAUUUGGAUGCUGGAGCUGAUUUUGUCAAGACACACGCAGUUUCUGACUUCUUGAAGGCCAGCGUACACGGAACAGCAGUUGAUGCAUUCCAGAACAAACUCCCAUCACAUCCAUUUACCCACAAGCUUCUUGCUAAGUUCGCAAACUUGCUAUGA